AUGAACAGCUAUGUUUUUGAAAACAUUGACAAGACCGCCCAUGAUGCAGACAAUUCAGAUGCUCAGGCUAUGGGUAUGGAGGAUUGUACUGAUGCACUACAGCGGGUGAUGGCCAACUUGGAUGAUGACAACUCAGAUUCAGAUGAUGACAAUGCAGCACAGGCAGCACCACCAGCCAGCAUUGGCCCAUCUGGCAUCUAUGAUAGUGCACCAGCACUGCCCACUGCACCUCCUGCACCCUGCAUUACCAUUUCACCCAGUACUGCACCCACUACUGCACCUGCUCCCCAAUCCCGCCCUGCUGCUAUUCAAGUAGCAGUAGCAUCUGUGGAAGGUGUGUCUGGUGAGGGUGAAGAUACAAAGAUCAUGGCACAGAAAAAGGGGAGGAGAAAGGGCAAGGCAGUUGUGGCUAGCACAGACGUGGCCCCUCGCCGCUCUUCCUGCAAUGGUGUUGCAUAA